AUGCUCUAGUUAAUGUUGAUUGAUCCUAACAAUAUUUAUGUUCAGAACGAAUAGCUGAAUUUGGAGAACCAUUACAAAUAGAUUAGGGUUAUCAUAGGGAAACCCCCAUAUUCUAAGGAGUAUUUUGAGAUUCUAAAAUUUCUUAUAGGUGUAAUGUGUUAAAUAUUAAUAAAAUAAUUUAAAUUCAAAAAGAUGAAUGCGAUUUAGGAAAACAAAUUAUUUGUUUAGCAAAUUAAAUAGAAACAAGACGAAUUUAAAAAAACCCUUCAAUUUCAAAUUAAGAAAGAGCCUCCUCUUUUGCAAUAGCAUAAUUUCAAUUAACUCACCUCUCCAAACCAAAGAAGAGAACAAACUCCUAACCAAAGAAAGGGCAAGAUUGAAAAUGAUAAUUCAUGUUCGCCCACUCUCUUUCGCACUCCACAAAUCAGCUUGCAUCAAGAGCAAAACAAAAGGCAACAUCAAUUGAGCAACAACAGAAGUCGCAAUGAGAAUCUGUCGACCUACAAGGAGAGAAGAGAACCGAACAACGAUUCUGCCGCUAAUGAUUACUCCAGAGUGUUGGAGGAAGUGAUGAAGAAAUACAGACAACUGAAAUCAGAAUUGUUGACUAAGGACAAGGAAGUCUAGAAGACCAGGUUUUAUAAGGAGGAAUGGCUGAAAGAGAAGAAACGCAACGAAUAGUUGUAAGAGAGGAACAGGAUAUUGAAAACCAAAAUGCUGAAAAUCAUCGAAUUAGUUCAAUAAGAUCAAUUGAAAUAGAAUGAUGAUUCGGAGGUAGUGUCAUUCUAAUAACAUUUUAGUCACUAGGGUAUAAUAGCUAGUCUCUCAACAGAAAAUAAGUAUUUACGUUAGAUGUUGCACCUACAUGAUGUUACAGAUAUCUCAAGUCAAUUGGAGCAACUAGAAGGCGAGCAGGAUUAGGAAGUAGUCUACAUCGAUAAUAUCUUGAAUACUUUCCUUGGCGAUUUGAAGACCAUUCAAAAGAAUAGAAGAGAAAAGAAGGACAAUUAAUAAUUAGGUCAAUUCAAUUCAUUGUCGCUAACAGUUUUGAACAAAGAAUCAAGCUUUGUUGAUUUGUCAGAGGAUAAGCUUCUAAUGGAAUAAUCAUGA